AAAAGCCAGUACCUUUGGUUAGUUCUUCACAAGUAGUCGAAACGUCGCGUGAUAAAGAGUGCAUUACGUUUACUAUCAACAACUCCCCUAUAGGCGUGACACGCGUCCUAACACGUAGCAAUUGCGUAUCUACCAUUUUCUUUCUUCUUUCUUCCUGCCUUUGCUGUCUCUCCCUCUUAUCCUCUCUCCCUUCCUUUCUACUCUUUUGACAUAGCGCGCAGCGAAGAGUGAUUCAUCCUCUUGUGUACUCUGUUCUUUCGAUCGGCGGCUUUUAAGUUGUCGAUCGAGCAGUGAGAAAAACGCGCACGUACAAUUUCAUCCACGUUCGACGUAUCGUUGAAAAAAAGAGACAACAAAAAGUCUACUAGCGGAAAGGAGUAGAGAGCAACGCCUAUGGUUAAGCAGCAACUGCAUACGUGACCGAAUUUAUUGGUAUUGUCUGGAAUAAUCGUUCGCUGCUAAUACAGUAUUGUUCUCUGGAGCAGCAUAUUCUUGGAUUGGAGAAAGAUAAAAGGGCAAGAAGAAAAUAAAGGCGGAAUAACUGUUAGUUAUGUAACUUUGUCCUUGAGAUAGGAUCGAAGAAAAAAAAGAACAGUCGUCGAAGCAAACGAUAACGGGUAAUAACGGGCGAUAACGGGCAAUAACGGGCAGGCGAUUUUUCUUCACCAACCGGAUUUGCCCUCGUCCUUGCAACUCGCGUACUACUCCGUCGGUAGAAAGAACGCGUCCUGAAUUUCCAAUUGAUCGGAACGCAUCGCUUACAAAUCGUCGACGACGAGGGUGGGUGCCUUGACCAAAGGUUGAAGAAAUAAAAGAAGAAAAGAAGAAAAGGAAAGAACGGCCGCAAGUGUCUGCAAGCCAGCCAGCCAGCUAGCUAGCCAGAGAUCGGAGCGAACCCAGGAGUGUGAACGGGGAAAGAGGGGAGAGGACUUCCUCGGCGACCUUCGAAUUGUCAUCGACGAAAACCCGUCUCGUGGCACCGAUGGUACGAAAUCUGACAAUGGACCAAACCUUUUACGAGGACGCUACAAGCGUUUACGGUGUUGUCAAUCGUGAAAACAAUAUGAGCCAACCUAAACGUAAUCUCACUUUGGAUUUGAACAGUUGUCAGAGACAAGGACAACAGGCUAAGAGACCGAGAUUAGGUCCCUUGCCAACGACUUUGAACAACGUAGCACCGAUUUUGAGCUCGCCGGAUUUGAAUAUGUUGAAACUCGGAUCGCCGGAAUUGGAAAAGUUGAUAAUCGAACAGCAGGACGGUAACGGGAGUAUCGUCGCAUCAUUGCCGACCCCGACUGCCCAAAUACUUUUUCCAAAAACUGUUACGGAAGCUCAGGAACUUUAUGCUCGUGGCUUCGUCGAUGCUCUAAACGAGUUACACCACUCGGAUAGUUCUCAAGAACCCGGUAGCUUGCACGGUGCUACUUAUACGACUUUGGAGCCACCCGGUAGCGUGCAAAGCGUCGGCACAGAAUCCUCGGUUAGUCAAGGACUCAUGCAAAUAAAGGACGAACCGCAAACGGUACCAAGCGUUUCCAGCUCCCCGCCUAUGUCCCCGAUAGAUAUGGAGAAUCAAGAAAGGAUCAAACUCGAAAGGAAAAGGCAACGGAAUCGCGUGGCCGCCUCCAAAUGUCGCAGGCGCAAACUCGAACGUAUUUCCAGGCUGGAGGACAAGGUGAAAAUUCUCAAGGGCGAGAACAGCGAAUUGAGCACGGUCGUUCAUAAGCUCAAGGAACACGUUUGCCAGCUUAAGGAACAGGUGAUGGAUCACGUUCAUUCUGGCUGUCAAAUCAUGACCGUUUCGGGCCAAUUUUGAAAAUUGGAUUAUUUAUUUUGAAAAGGGUCUCUCCAAACGCAGAAAGAAGUUUCGUGGAACGAAUUAAAAAUCAUUUAUUUGAUGAUACCACGGGGGAGUUCGGUCUCGAAAUUCCGUUUUCGUUCUUUCACGGAAUCGUAAACGAGAUAAGGACACGUGCCGUACCAACAAUUCUUUUUAUUUCUUUCUACAUACGUACAAGUAUGUAUGGCAAACAUACAGAUAGGCGAUUUUCUUGCUUCAACUUUUUUUUUCUUUCUUCUUUCUUUUGUUAGUCAUUUAUCAAUGUCCAAUGACAAAUGAACGAAGGAUAAAACACGAGCCAAACGAUGAUUCUGUGCUCUAUUGGCUUUUAACGUAACGAACCGAAGGAUACGAAAAAGAUGCUUUUUAUAUUCUCGAUCCUUUUGUAAAAAGAAAAAAGAAGAAAAAAAAAAAA